UGGACUCUGAGUCUUGAGUACCAAUUAUAUCAUCUACAUAACCGGCCGGGGCUACCUUGCUAGAAGAUUUAGAGCAAUUAAUUCUAGUCUUUUUCAGAUGACACUGUACUGGUGCUGGUGAUGGUACACUUCUCCCAACGCCGCCGGUGAGUGGAACCACCUAAACUUUCUUGUCUCUCUAUUUAUAUUCAAUAACAUCACAUUAAUUUUGCACUUUGCUCUAAGUUGCCAUGGCUACGCCAUUUAUCAUACUCCUUCUAUCCUUAGUUCUCUGCUGCACAUAUUUGUCUCAUUCGUCUGAUAAUCUAAAUGCUGGGUCAUCGCUGUCAGUGGAAACCAUAGGUGAUGUUUUGAUUUCGCGAGAUGGAACUUUCAGCUCCGGAUUUCAUCCCAUUGGUCAAAACGCCCAUUGCUUUGCCAUAUGGUUCAACAAACCAUCCUGCAGUGACAAUUGCACCGUCGUCUGGAUGGCAAACCGUGACCAUCCUGUCAAUGGUAGACAAUCGAAGCUAUCCCUCACCAAAACUGGUAAACUUAUCUUGACAGAUGCUAGACAUAUCGUUGUUUGGGAGACAGCCACCGCUUCCCUGUCCCCUACAUAUUUAAAACUUUACGAUAGCGGCAAUCUUGUCCUGCAUGAUAUGGAGGGUGUCACACUUUGGCAAAGCUUUGAUUCGCCCACCGAUACCCUGCUUCCUCUUCAACAGUUCAACAAGGACACCAAACUUGUCUCAUAUAGAAGCCAAAUGAACUAUUCUUCAGGUUUCUUUAUUCUUUAUUUCGACACAGAUAAUGUCCUCUGUCUUGUGCACAAAGGUCCUGAAAUUUCAAGUGUUUAUUGGCCAAGCCCUUGGCUUUUGAGAUGGGAAGCUGGAAGAUCUACGUACAACGACAGCAGAAUUGCAGUAUUAGAUCCCUUGGGCAAUUUUAGUUCAACUGAUGAUUUUACGUUCAAGUCAGCUGAUUAUGGCUCAAAGAUUCAGAGAAGAUUGAAGCUUGAUUUCGAUGGCAAUAUUCGACUAUAUAGUCUAAGUGAAGGGGGAGAAAAAUGGGUUGUUUCAUGGCAAGCCUUCUCUAAGGCAUGCCUAGUCCAUGGAAGGUGUGGACCAAACAGUCUAUGCACCUACGUUCCUAAUUAUGGAAAAAUAUGUUCUUGCCUUCCAGGAUACAAGAUGAAGAAUCACACAGAUUGGACCUUUGGUUGUGAACCUGAAUUUGAUCUUUCUUGUAAUGAAUCUGAGGCUGGUUUUAUAAAACUCCGUCAUUCUGAAUUUUACGGCUAUGAUUAUGGACUGUUUCCAAACUACACCAUAGACCAAUGUAAGAACUUAUGCCUGAAGAUAUGCAACUGCAAAGGUUUCCAGUUUCGAUUCGUUAAAGCCCACCUACCAUAUGGUACAUAUUGUUAUCCCAAAACUCAAUUACGAGAUGGAUAUCGUGAGCCAAAUUAUAGUUCAGACUUUUAUUUGAAAUUGCCCAAGGCCAACCUAUCCUCCUUCAACGAGCCUGUUCAAGAAUACAAGCUAGAAUGCCCCGCACGAGUUGAGCAACUGGAUCGAACAUAUCCAAAAAGCCCUGAAAAUUCAGCACUUAAGUUUGUCCUUUGGUCUGCAUGUGUAGUCGGAGGAAUCGAGUUUUUAAUCAUUUUCUUGGCGUGGUGCUUCUUGAUUAGAACUCAUCACAAUUCACGCCCAGCGGGAGGAUGCCAUCUUGCUGCAAGAAGCUUCAGAAAUUUUAAUUAUGCUGAACUUGAGAAGGCAACAAAUGGUUUCAAGAAAGAGAUAGGAAGAGGCGCCGGAGGAAUUGUGUACAAAGGCAAACUGUCAGAUGACCGAGUUGCUGCUGUCAAGCGUCUCAUUCUUGAUGCGAACCAAGUGGAAGCUGAAUUCCUAGCAGAAGUGAACACCAUUGGGAAGCUUAAUCACAUGAACGUGAUAGAUUUGUGGGGUUACUGUGCAGAGGGAAAGCACAAGCUUUUGGUCUAUGAGUACAUGGAACACGGAUCAUUGGCAGAAAACCUCUCCUCCAAAACCCUUGACUGGAAAAGGAGAUAUGAAAUCGCCGUUGGAACUGCAAGAGGGCUAGCUUAUUUACAUGAGGAAUGCUUAGAGUGGGUUCUCCAUUGUGACAUAAAACCUCAAAACAUUCUCAUUAACUCUAAUUACCAGCCUAAAGUGUCAGAUUUUGGCCUGUCUUGGUUGCUAAACAGGGGUGACGUCAAACAUUCAAAGAUCUCAAAGAUCAGAGGAACUAGAGGUUAUAUGGCACCUGAGUGGGUUUUCAAUAUGCCCAUCACCUCCAAAGUGGAUGUUUAUAGCUAUGGAAUCGUUCUUUUGGAGUUGGUCACUGGAAGGAGCCCUUCAAUGGUAGUCCAUGGAACAAAAGGUCAAGAGGAAGAAGAGCAAGGAACUCUUUUAGUUAAAUGGGUGAAAGAACAGAUGAUGAUCCAAUCACCAGAAACGUGGAUGGGAGUGAUAAUAGAUCCCACGUUGGAUGGAAAAUAUGACGAGGAUGAGAUGCUGAUCCUGGUUUCAGUAGCUCUAAAAUGCGUGGAAAACGAUAAAGAUGCAAGGCCGACAAUGGGUCAAGUAGUUCAGAUGCUUCUUCGCCAUGGAGAAAACCUAUAAGCAGCAAAAAUACAUUGUCAUGCCUUAUAUAAACGAAUAAACUUGUUAUGUAGUAUGCUAUAUUUGUCGAGCGCCUGUACCGAUGUAACUAAGCCCAGUUCUUGUAUCUAAAUUAGGUUUGGGCAAUAAAAAUGACGUUGUCUGAGCUUCAUUUUGUAUAUAUAAAUUUUUACCCUAGCAAAC